AUGCUCUUUUCUCUAACGCUCUUUCUGUGGAGGCUCUAUCGACACUUAUCCAUCAUGUUCAGCUCUGAGAGACUCACCGUCCCGGAUUAUGUAAGCCGGCUGCAGAGAGGGAGGAGCGGAUCCGGAUCCGACCCCAGAGCAGUCUCUCCGGGCAUCAAUGCCGACGUCCAGGCGGUGUUGGACACUUCACUCCCCGCCCUGCGCUGCGCCAUCAGGAGGCUGAAGUCGGCCAAAGAAACCUCUGAUUCAGAUGAGACCCGCAGGGCCAUCGCGGAGAUCUUUCAGCUAGUGGAGGAGGCAUGGGUUUUGCCGACUGUAGGCCGUCAAGUGGCCGAGGAGAUCUGCAACAGAAUCCGGCUGGAUGGAGGCCUGGAGCUGCUGCUUCAGCUCCAACAGACACCUGCUGUAGAGAUCACCUAUGAGUCUGCAAAACUGCUGGAGCAGAUACUGAUCUCAGACAACAGAGAUUAUGUAGCUCGUCUGGGUCUGGGGGUCAUCCUCAACCUGACCCGACAGCAGGAAGAUGCCCAGCUGGCUCGCAGCGUCUCGGGGAUCCUGGAGCACAUGUUCAAACACACUGAGGAGACGUCCAUCCACCUCAUAACUAACGGUGCCCUGGAUGCCCUCCUCUUCUGGUGCCGGGGUACAGAUCCCACUGUGCUGCGACACUGUGCUGUGGCCCUAGCUAACUGUGCCAUGUAUGGAGGUCACCACUGCCAGCGAUGGAUGAUUGAGAAACAGGCAGCCGAGUGGCUUUUCCCACUGGCUUUUUCCAAAGAGGAUGAACUUAUUCGUUUCCACGCAUGCCUGGCUGUGACUGUGUUGGCUGCAAACAGAGAAAUUGAGAAGGAGGUGGUGAAAUCUGGGACCUUGGAGCUGGUGGAGCCGUUCAUUGCAUCUUUGGAUCCGGAUGACUUUGCCCGCAGUUUAUUGGACAGUGCAGACAGCAUGCAGGGGAGGACAGCAUCUGAUCUGCAGCACCUCUUGCCAUUACUGGAUGGCACAAGACUGGAGGGAAAGUGCAUUGCAACCUUUUACCUUUGUGUUGAGACCAGCAUCAAGUCUCGUCAGCGCAACACUAAGAUAUUUCAAGAGAUUGGAGCGGUGCAGAGCCUAAAACGAAUCGCCAUGUACUCCAGUAAUGGCACAGCCUGUGGCCUUGCCAAGCGUGCGCUGAGCAUGAUGGGAGAGGAAGUGCCAAAACGUAUCCUGUCAUGUGUUCCCAACUGGAAAACCUGUGAGGUGCUGAGGUGGCUGCAGCAAGUGGGCUUCAGUACCUAUUGUGACCGUUUCCAGGAGCUGCAGGUGGAUGGAGACCUCCUGCUGAACAUCACGGACCAGGAUCUGAGCAGUGAUCUGGGCAUGACUGCAAGCCUCACCAGAAAAAGGUUUCUGAGAGAUCUGCGUGUGUUGAAAACAUAUGCCAACUACUCCACAUGUGACCCAAACAACAUUGCUGACUGGUUAGUUGAGGUGGACCCUCGUUUCCGUCAGUACACCUACGGUCUGGUCCAGUCAGGAGUGGAUCGCAACAGCGUCCAGAACAUUACCGAUCAGCAGCUUCAGCAUGACUGCUGCAUAGACAACGGAGUCCACAGAGCUAAGAUACUGUCUGCUAGCCGCAGGCCUAUAAAACCCUGCCAUACAGAUGCCCAACCUGCAGGGCCCGACGUCUUCAUAAGCUACCGUCGAACUACUGGCUCCCAGCUAGCUAGCCUUCUGAAGGUGCACAUGCAGGUUCGAGGAUACAGCGUCUUCAUAGAUGUGGAGAAGCUGGAGGCCGGUAAAUUCGAGGACAAACUGAUCCAGAGCGUACAGCGAGCGCGUAACUUCAUCCUGGUUCUGUCAGCCAACGCGCUGGACAAGUGCAUGGGAGACACUGCCAUGAAAGAUUGGGUGCAUAAGGAGAUAGUCACGGCCCUGGCUUGUAAGAAGAACAUCGUUCCUGUCACAGAUAAUUUUAUGUGGCCAGACCCCAUGUCUCUGCCAGAGGACAUGAGAGCAAUACUCAACUUCAAUGGCAUCAAAUGGUCCCAUGAAUAUCAGGAGGCGACGAUUGAGAAGAUCCUUCGCUUUCUGAAAGGACACCAAGACCAAAUUGAUGGCCCAGACGCCUCCAAAGGACAGAAAAACAAAUAAAGUGACAUGAGCAGAGUUUGAACUCAGCUCUAAUAACUUUCAAUGAUGCCAAAUUCCACAUGGCCUAAGGUGAACUGGCCGGCAGCUUCCCCUGCUCUGCCCAAAUGCACGUGAAGUGAAUUUGAUUGCGUUUAGAUUACAUGCUCACAUUAAUACCUAAUAUAAAAUAGACCUAAUAUAUUGGAAAUGAUAAAUGGAAUUUAAAAAAAGGGAGUUGAGAUUGUAUGUGCUAAACUCUAAGCCUUUAAUGUUAGUAUCCACACACUGCUGUAUAUGUGUAAUCAGGUACAAUAUAAGCCUUUUGUCUCUCAGGAAAAGAACUGUGAUAGAUCAGCCGCCACUGGCACCCAGCAAAAUCAUCAAUAGCAAUUUUGGAGGCAUCCACUAACACUUCAGUUGUCAUGGAAGUCAUAGGCAAUCAUCUUUUAUUUAACCCAUUUACAAAACAUUCACAGGACCAAAGCAGUUCUUACUGACAUUUGUGUUUUGUUUUUUUGUUUAGGCUGCGAUAGAAAAGAAACCUUUCCCAGCAUUGAAUUGGUUUCAUGAUGAGUAUCCACGGUGGGUGUAAUCCAAGCUGGAGGCAUACUGUACAGAAAUAAAUGAGCUACAUCCUAUAUAUCUGCACACCUAAUUUAACCAAGAUUUAAGGAGUGUACAGUCAAUGGAAAACCUGCAUAUGGUAUUAAAUUUUUCCUUCCUUCCGGAAAGUGGAUAAAAAAAAAAAGUUCUUUGAAAUAACUUUAAAUGCUCAAAAAUGCACCAGUAACUCCUGUAAAAUGAUACUUCCAUUUGUGUCUUGUUGACUGCUGUAGCAACAUAGUGCAAUACAUUAAACUAUGAUUUAAUACUGUU